GUUCUUGUGCUCCGCAUCCGCGUUGUUCUUGAAUGAACCCUUGAACUGCCUUGCCACUACAAAAGGCCCUCAUCCAUCCCUUCUGUUCCACCAUCACGUCCCGCUACACGCCCUUCACAUUCUUUCCCCUCCUCCCUCAAACCGCCGGUUGUCUCUCUCUCAUCUGCAUAUCUCCAACUGUAUCCAUUUGCUCUCCAUUGCUGUACUUUCAUAACGCAAUAUGUUGCCCAUCUCCCUUUUGUCUUUGAUCGCCCUGCCGUUCGUAGCAGCAGCACCAACUUGCCGUAUUAGGCCCACGACGAGCAGUGCCACCGUAACCCCGACCCCGAGCCCAACAUCCACAGGUAGUUCUACUCUCCCCGGAAAGGCCACCAACGGCAGCAACGACGAUGUCGUCGUAACCGCCUGGUAUGCUGGUUACCACGCCGAGUAUUUCCCACCAGAGAAUGUCAGCUGGACAAAAUAUAGCUCUAUGACCUAUGGUUUUGCUACCACUACAACCUCCUCCCCUUACGUUGAAGUCGCAUCCUCUGAUCAGGCAAUAUUGCCCCGCUUCGUCAGCGCCGCUCACCAGAACGGUGUCGAUGCGUUGCUCACAGUAGGAGGCUGGGGAGGCUCUCUGUUCUAUUCGACUGCAGUAUCUUCCAACAGCACUACCUCUGACUUUAUCCAGGGUCUGCUCGCUCUCGUGAAACAAUACGACCUCGAUGGUCUUGACUUUGACUGGGAAUAUCCCGCAAAGCAAGGCAUCGGCUGUAACGCCAUUUCUGACACCGACAGUGCCAACUUCCUCUCCUUCCUCCAGCAACUGCGAGCACAGCCCGAAGCUAAGAACCUCACUCUCUCUGCCGCUGUCUCCAUCACUCCCUGGGUUGGCUCCGAUGGUCAACCCCUGACAGAUGUCUCACAGUACGCUCAGGUUCUCGAUUACAUCGAAAUCAUGAACUAUGACAUCUGGGGUAACUGGAGCACUGCAGUAGGACCCAACUCUCCCCUUAACGACACUUGCGCACCUACUGCAGACCAGCAAGGCUCAGCCGUCUCCGCCGUGAAAGCUUGGACCACUGCUGGUUUCCCCGCCAACCAGAUCGUUCUGGGGGUCGCAGCCUAUGGACACAGCUUCGACGUUAGUGCUGCGAAUGCCAACGAAUCGUUCCCUCCAUUCAACGCCGCUCUCCAGCCUGCGGGUGAUGCUUGGGCCCAACCUGCAACUGGAUCCGACGUGUGUGGUGCUCCCUACACCCAGCCUGGAGGCACAUACGAGUUCUUCGGCAUGAUCGAGAAUGGCUUCUUGACCGCCAAUGGAACCGCCGCUCCUGGUAUCGAUUACAGAUUCGACGAAUGCAGUCAGACACCUUAUGUUUACAAUUCCACAUCCAACGUCAUGAUUUCUUACGAUGACGCACGCUCAUUUGCUGCCAAGGGCGCAUACAUAAAUCAGGCUGGCCUGCGCGGCUUCGCCAUGUUCGAAGCUGCCGGUGACAGUAACGACAUCUUGCUCGAUGCGAUAAGCAAUGCUAUCGGCAUCGAGGACAACAACGACACUUGCUAGACAACGUCUUGCUUCAAGAUUUUGCUGUAUAACCACAACUCCUGCACGGUUGGCUGCUUGAUUUGUAGCUAUCCGUAGCGCAGACUCGACCGAUUGAAUCGUGUGAUCCACUGGGUGGUUUUUAUCGAUGUCUGUUUUUCUCGUAUGCUAUAUAGCUUUUCGAUUUUCCAUAUUUGCUCGAUGCAUCUGUUUUCAUUAGUUUUCAUGUAUUAGGUUAAGGGCAGUAAUAAGAAAUUCUUUGUUAAGAAA